AUCGUAUGGCACGCGCGCUGAGAACGCCAACGCUUUUGCAUCUCGCGGCAGUAUAUAGCGCACGUAACGUACUCACACUGUGCACGCACCCUCGUCCUAGCAAGCUAGAGCCGGGCAGCUUCCCUCCCUCCCAAACCUCGAUCGGGACCAGCCGGCCGGCCGGCCAACUCAUGGAGGUCGAAGCAACACCCCAGCGCCGCGCGCAGCAGCAACCAUGCAAGAAUGGCGUCGCCAAGCAGCUCCCUGGCGGCGGCGCUAAACCGCUCCGCCACAACCCACUCCUCGUCAUCAACUUCCUCCUCAUGGUCGUCGGCUCGGCGUUCGGCCCGCUCCUCCUCCGCGCCUACUUCCUCCACGGCGGCACGCGAAAGUGGCUCUCCAGCCUGCUCCAGACCGCCGGGUGGCCGCUCCUGCUCGCGCCGCUCGGCGCCUCCUUCCUCUCCCGCCGCCGGAGCAACAAGGACGGCGGCUCGGCCACGCCGCUCUUCCUCAUGUCGCCCCGCCUCCUGGCCGCCACCGUCGCCGUCGGCCUCAUGACCGGCCUCGACGACCUCCUCUACGCCUACGGGCUGGCCUACCUCCCGGUGUCCACCUCCUCCAUCCUCAUCUCCACGCAGCUGGCCUUCACGGCCGCCUUCGCGCUGCUGCUCGUGCGCCAGCGGUUCACGGCCUUCUCCGUCAACGCCGUGGUGCUGCUCAGCGUCGGCGCCGCCAUGCUGGGCAUGAACGCCGGAGGUGACCGCCCCGCGGGGGUGACGCGGCCGCAGUACUACGCCGGGUUCGGCAUGACGCUGGGCGCGGCGCUGAUCUACGGGAUCGUGCUGCCCGUCAUGGAGCUCAGCCAGGCGAGGCACGCGGCGCGGACCGGCGCGGCCGUCACGUACACGCUCGUCAUGGAGAUGCAGAUCGUCAUCGGGUUCACCGCCACGGCCUUCAGCGCCGUCGGGAUGCUUGUGAACAACGAUUUCCACGCCAUCCGAGGAGAAGCCCGGGAGUUCGGUCUUGGUCAGAUUGGCUACUACCUACUGCUUGCCGGCUCAGCCACCGUGUACCAGUUCUUCUUCCUCGGCACCAUCGGCGCCAUCUUCUAUGGUUCGGCACUACUUGCCGGUGUCAUCAUGACCGUGCUCAUCCCAGUGACUGAGGUGCUCGCCGUCAUGUUCUUCCACGAGCCAUUCAACGGCACUAAAGGUGUGGCCCUAGCACUCUCCCUAUGGGGCUUCGUCUCCUACUUAUAUGGGGAGGUCCGGGCCAAGGCGAAACAAUCCGACAAACCCCUGAAUGCGGAGCAUUUGGACCCUUAGGCAAUCACACAUACAUGUAUUCAGUAUGGUAUUUCUAGAUUGAACACGUCAUCACUUUGUUAACCAAAAAAGAGGAAGCUAAAAUAUAAAUGUAUAGGCUAUAUGUUUUGCUUAUGUAAUUUAUGGAUCUUGAAGUAGUAAAUAAUAGAACUAUUAGUUCGACACAUAAAGUGGUUGCUCCAAUUCAAACAACCUUUAUUAAAGGCGGAUAUAUUAUAGAUGGUGAGAUCUUCAUGACUCUUUCAUGAGAUUAGUACGCGGAAGAAUAGUGAUGUACUCUUUUA